UUUUUCAGAACUGACUAUCCACUAUAGGUACCUACCCAGUACCCACCCACCACCCCUUUUAGCUGUGAGACAAUUGUCUCACAAAAAUCCUCUCGCGCCGCCACUGAUGUGCGCGACUCACGACGCCGACAGGCAGGCAGGUCACGGACACCCGAAACAUAACCACUAAUCAGCAAUCGGUCCGUUUCACUCCGUUCCAUAUUGUCGCAGAACGACUACUUGUUAACGCUGAACAUUUAUUGUUUUUAGGUGCGCGUCUUUUCAUUGUAAUAAUAAUAUGUUGUUGUUCUUCGCGAAUUGCGAAUCGCCAUUAUAGUAUAAGUGUAUUGUACCGUGGGCGCGAAUCGUCGCUUAAACUAUUGUUCUUAUUGUGGACGCGAAUCGACACUCUUUUUAUAUUUAUUCGUAAACAACCUAUCUCAAUCUAAUAGGCGCAAGUCACCAGUGUUAGAUAUCAUUAUAUUAUUGGUAUUGUCGUGGGCGCGAAUUGCCACUAUAUCAAGCGCAGCUACAGGACCAGCUAGCCAGUCUGCACUCCACAAUCGGAAUGUCUGGAAGAGGUUUUUUAAAGAGUCGUUUGGCUCAGAUCGCUACCAAGGAACCACCUAAACCUCAUGAAAAUCCUGAAGAACCUUCAAAACUAGCAGCACUACCGAUACCAUAUUUUACUGAUACACCAAAAGUCCCUGUGGAUGCUAUAAUUACUCAAACUCUAGUUAAUGGGAAUCAAACCCUAGUUAAUGGGAAUCAAACCCUAGCUAAUGGGAAUCAAACAAUAGUUAAUGGGGAUCAAACCCUAGUUAAUGGAAAUCAAACCCUAGUUAAUGGGCAUCAAACCCUAGUUAAUGGGCAUCAAACUCUAGUUACUGGGCAUCAAACUCUAGUUAAUGGGAAUCAAACCCUAGUAAAUGGGAAUCAACAAGUUGCUCGCGGAAGAAGGGCUAUGUUAGCCAAAUUUGCUCAAAGAACUGUUUCUCAAAAGUUGUCUGACACCAUAGAAACAACAUUCUCAAACAUCGAUCUAGGGGAUUUAAAAAAUAAUGUGCGUCCAAACAUUAGUCCCGAUCAUAAAAAAGCAGAGGUAUCUAAAUCACUUACACCUCUAAAGCAGCCACAAAUACAAAUUGUUGAUAUUCCAGCAGCCAAUGAAGAAAAGCCUCCAGUUAUAUGUAGAGUCUUAAAAAAGUCUGAAAAAGAUACUUACCACAUGGCUCAAUUAUCAUCAAAUUAUAUAAAAAUUAAAUUGGAAGAAGAUAAAGGAAUAUAUGCAUAUAGAGUUGAUUUCAAUCCUCCAGUUGAUGCCAAACGUGCUAGGUUCUUAUUGGUGAAUCAACACAGAGAUUUAUUCCCAAUAAGAAUUUUUGACGGAACACUACUUUAUAUACCAGAAAUGCUACCACAAAAUGUAACCAAAUUAGUGGGGAAAUUAAUAGAUGAAUCUGAAGUGACAUUAACAAUAACAUUUAAGGGUAAAAACUCUCUGAGUGAAUGUAUACAUUUUUAUAACAUUUUUCUACGCUCAAUAAUGAAGGAUCUUGGUCUAGUAGAAUUUGGAAGAAGUUGUUAUUAUCCAAAUAAAAAGAUACUCAUUCCUGAAUUCAAACUCGAAGUUUGGCCAGGCUUCAUGGCAGUUAUUGACGAGUUUGAAAAUGGUCUUUAUAUGCGUGCUGAUGUAUCACACAGGGUUUUACGUGUACAAACGGUUUAUCAAAUAAUGUCAGACAUCACAAUGAAUGCUAAAAACAAAAAUAAGGAUAUUAAGCAAGAAAUAAUGGCUGCAUUAUGUGGGUCUAUAGUCAUUACAAAUUACAACCAUAAAACAUACAGAGUUGAUGAUGUAGACUUUACAAUGAAUCCUUUAUCAACUUUUGAACGAAAUGGUAUUGAAGUAACAUACAAAGAUUAUUAUAAAAACAUGUAUGACGUUGAAAUCAAAAAUCUUACACAGCCCAUGAUUAUUACAAAAGCAAAAAAAAAAGAUAUGAUUAGUAGCAAUGCAAAUGAUUUAGGUAUUUGUUGCUUAGUUCCUGAGCUUUGCAAUUUAACAGAAUUGACUGAAGCAAUGAAAAACGACAAUAAACUGAUGAGGACUCUUCAAACCUAUACUUUGGUUACACCAGAAGUGCGACAAAAUGCUUUAGUUGAAUUUGUGAAUAGUAUACAUGCUCAUGAAGGAGCUAGCAAGAGAUUGAAGGAUUGGGGGCUAAUGAUGCGUCCAAUCCCAGCGAAAAUGGAAGGUCCCGUUUAUAAAAGAGAAACAAUAUUACUGGGAAGUAAUAUCAGAAAACAAGUUGGAAUAAAUAUGGACUGGGGAAUUGAUGUAGCAAAAAAUGCAAUGUUUGUUGCUGCGAACGUGUUAAAUUGGGCAAUUAUGUAUAAUCCAAGAUGUGUUGGUUUUGUAGCUUCAAUGGACAAGACAUUUACUGAAUGGUAUUCAGUCGCUGCAAUGCAAAGGAGUACCCAUCAAGAACUUAUGAAGUCUGUGCAAGACGCAUUCCAUAAAGUGGUGAUGCAAUUUAAAGCAAAAAAUGGGUUGUUGCCUGAAAAGAUAAUUAUAUAUAGAGAUGGAGUAUCUGAUGGAGAUUUAAAACAGGUAGAAGAAAUUGAACUUCGAGAUUUAAUAGAAUCUUUCAAAUAUCACCCAGAGAAUUAUAAUCCUAUGGUUACUUUAAUAAUUGUUCAGAAACGCAUUAGCACACGCGUUUACCAGUAUUUAGAUGAAAAAUAUUCAAAUCCAAGUCCUGGAACUGUUAUUGAUAAUACUGUAACCAGAAGAAAUUAUUUCGAUUUUUUCUUGGUCUCUCAACAUGUUCGUCAGGGUACUGUUAAUCCAACGCAUUACAUUGUACUGAAAAAUGGGUGUAAUUUAAGUGUUGAAAAUGUCCAAAGAUUAUCCUACAAGUUGUGUCACUUGUAUUAUAAUUGGUGUGGCACAGUAAAAGUUCCUGCUCCUGUUCAAUAUGCUCAUAAACUUGCAUACCUUAUAGGUCAAAAUGUUAGACAAAUGCCAAGUGAUAAAUUAUGCAACUCUCUAUUUUUCCUGUAAUGAACAUGUACGAUUUUGGACGAUCAGGGAGGUCUUUUCAGUUUAUAUAUACAUGACGUACACUAUUAAACCAGAGUAUAUAACAGUUGAAACAAAUGUUUUUCAUUUAAGUUAUUUUUAAGACUUGAUUAUUGUUGAAAAUCACAAAAUCUGUGAACAUUAUCACCUAUAAUACUUAAAUAAUAAUAAUAAUAAUAAUAAUUGUUGUGCCAUUUCAGUAAUUGUCUUGAUAAUCAGAAUAAGUAGUUAAUAAAUAGUUAAGAAAUAAAUCGCCCUUUUUUAUUGUGACAAAAAAAUCUUGUUUUAUUUAUUCUAUUUUACUCAAUAUUAUUUUAUUAUAAGUUAUGAGCCUGCUACACUUUUUAUGAUAAAUUACAACAGUAAAAUGUGAACAACUAAUAAUGAACAAUUCAAAGUCAAUAAUAUUAUUAUGCUAAAACAGAAACUAAAAUAUUAAAUAAAAAAUUAUUUAUAAACAAGUUACUUUAAUGUUUAGUACAAAAACAUAAUUCCAGAAAACGGUUUAGACAUUACUGUUGUUAUGUAUAAACAGUUAGCUUAAAUCCUGGCUUUACCAGAUAAUAAUGUAUAAUGUGUAUUUAUUCUUAUGUAAGAACUGAUGUCGUAUCCAAUAUAUUUUAUAUAACUUAAAUAAAUUUAUCUGCCUACUUCAUAUUUUAUAUUUUGUUUAUUUUCUUAAUUGCACUUAAAAAGCUUGACUGUUAGUAAUAGGUGAUACUUGAAUUAAGUUUAUUAUAAUAAUAUAUUUAUAUUUUUGACAAUUGUA